AGUUAAAUGCACUGUUUGUUGCUACUGUUUGGGGCACCGUUUUUAUUUUUUUUAACCAUCUAAUACCUAAAUGGGUGACUGCUUGUCCGUUAGCAUUAACCAAGGAAACUUUUUCUAAAACUAGAAUAUCUUGUUUUCAGAAGAUUUUUUUUUAAUCUUAACUUGGGUCUCAACGAUGUUACAGCAGACGGUAAAGAAUUUCAACAUCAAUUUCAACGUCUUAAAUAAUAGGAAUACUUUCUCCAGUGGCGACCCAAUGACAGGACACAUUUCCUUCGAACUCACAAAGGAGACGAAGAUCACUUCGAUAACGAUGGCACUGACAGGAAAGGCGAAAGUCCACUGGUCCACCGGUGGAGGAGGGAGAGAGAGGAGGCGAAGACACUACUCGGCAAAACUGGACUUCUUUAACUUAAAAAGCGUUAUCGUGCAAGGAAACAGUGCUACUGGUGGGACAGCAACAUUUCAGCCUGGCACGCAUGUGUAUCCAUUUACAUGUCAGCUCCCACAGGGAGACUUCCCAUCUGCCUUCCGUGGGGUUCAUGGACAAAUAGCGUACACCUUGACAGUGGGCAUCAACAGACCCUGGCAUAUGUCCAAGGACUUUGUGACAGAAUUGAACUUCGUGAACCACACUGAUACCAACCAGCCAGAGCUGCGGGCUCCUCUCUCAGGCUCCAACAACAUGACACUGUGCUGCCUGUGGUGUGCCUCGGGUCCCAUCACAAUGACAGUCAGUGUAGAGAAGAAAGCCUUCAUCCCUGGAGAAACUGUGAAAAUCAUUUGCUACUUUAGGAACGCUUCAUCUCAAAGAGCUACUCCGAAGGUGAGACUGCAACAGAAACAGGUUUUCUACACCCACAACAAGGCCCACAAGAGGAUGAUUUUCAAAAGCUUUGCGUCAGUGACUGGCCAGCUCGUCAGUGCUCACACCUCUGACGUGCACACAGUGAUCAUGCUCACUAUUCCCUUGUCUGCAUCGCUCAGCAUCUCUAACUGCAGCAUCAUGGACGUUGAGUACUUUAUUGAGGUGAGCCUUAGUGUAACAGCUUCCCCUGACCUUACGGUGCUGUUUCCCAUCAUCCUGUGUGACACCCCUGUAAACACUCAUCCCCCUCCUUAUUUGUGAGUAAAUGCGUGAACAUCUUGAAUUGUUUCAGAUGUAUCUAAUAUUACAUGAUGGUGGGAUGCUUUUCAGUUUGACAGCAUAUUGUAAUUUCUCAGUCUGACUUGUUACUGGGAGAGCCUUAUUUCUCAGGGUUUUUGUAUCAGGCUCACCUGCCCUCUACCACUGAGCAUUAAAUUUUUACAGCUCAACACACAUUGAAACAUCACUAUUGUAUGUUUAAUUACACUUUUAAAGAUGUCUCUUCAUCUCUUUUGCUCAUUUUAGUACUCUUCAGUUCAGCUAAUUCUAGUCUUCCCACAGUCAAACUCUAUCUCUAUCUAUUUUAUUGUGUACUACUUGAUCUUUUCCAUAUCUCCGCGUGUUUUAAUAUUUACCACUGCAGGCAUUAUGCUUUCUUGCCUUGCUUUAUUUUAUUAUUGUACCCUCAACAGUGUAAAUUAAUUCCAUAUUUACUGUUACAAAGCAAAUAACAGUAACUCAGAACUGUAACUGCAAACUGUCACUCUCUUUAAACAUGGUCCCCCCGUAUUGUCACUUGGUUUUGUCAGCUUUUUAAUACCUGUAUUAUGUUGUCAGUGAAAAGUUUAAAUUUCAAUAAUGUAGAAAGUCUUCCUUAAACAAGAAAUUGCAUCUAUGUCAGCAUAUCAACGUAAUGGAGAAAACUUAAAAAUGUCAUGUCAGAUUUAUAAGUAUAUAAGCUAUUUUGUUUUUGUUUUUUUUACAGCAAAUUACUCUUUAAUAUAUUAAAUAUAAAUCAAAGACGCAAAGCUUGCUUUGUGGAAACUGCCUUAUAGCAUCAUACUGCCACUGACAAGCUGUCAUUCAAUUUUCUGAUUGUGUGUUUUAUCUAUGCAGUAUUCAAUAUGGAUUAUUGUAGACAUCUAUAGGAAAUCUAGUUUGUUUCAGUGUACGAUUGAGUAGAUUGAAGCAUGGGGGAAAAGAUGUGUUACAGUUUGAAGUUUAUUACCGCUUACAUCAUACCAAAGAUAUUAUUAUCGACAUUCCAUUGUACACUGUUAACAUUCAGAUAAGAUUUUCCUGUUCUUGCCUAAAUGGAAAAUAUGUUACUUUAUGUAAAAUCACAGCUUCAAGGGGUUGUCUCAGAUAGUCCUAAAAAAUAUAAUAUCAAGAACCUUCCUUGACCUAUUGUAAAUUAAAUGAAAAAAGUCAUUUGGAAUGUAUUAUUGUAUAUGAUUGUAUAAGUUUAUGUUUUUAUUUUUUCAUGUCUUUUUAACAUAUUAAUUGUUGUCAUGUACAUACUGUUUUGUAAGUAAACGAUUUAGAGAAGUAUUUUACUCUAUAAAUUAGAAGUUUGGGCACAGUAAGGGUAAAUGUGCUCUAAAUGAUGAUGAUGAUGAUGAUGAUGAUGAUGAUGAUGACGACAAAGACCUACCAUGCAAACAGCUGAAUGCUCGGCUGAACUGAUUCAGUACCUUGCACCAAAUUACUUUUUUGCUCUCUUCAGCAGAGAAAACGCUGCAACCGUGUAAACUAAAUUCCCUCUUUUAAGCCUAAUUAUGUGUCAUUGAGAACACCAUCAGCUUAAUUUCCUGGAGGAAAGCCGUCUAUUCAGCUGGCACUCACUCUUAAGGGAGCCAGUAUGUUAAUAUUCACUAACUUCAGGUCACUGGCUGUUUUUUGGUUUCUAAUAGUUGAGAGUAGCUCUGUACAUCUAACCCAUUUACAGACUUUUGACUUUACAGAAGUUUCAUUAUUUGAUUCAAAUGUAGGUUCACAUCAUCUCAGGCUGCUUCUUUCAUAUUGCUGCAAUGUGAAAAUGCUAAUUUUGUAUGUGUUUGUUUAAUAUAUGAAACAAAUUUCCAGUAUUGGAAUUUAGCUCUUAUGCUUACUAUAGCCAUAUUUGGUGAGCAUACGGACUAGCUUUAGCUGUUGCCAGGCUUUAACCUCAGUGCCUCUUUUUUUCGGACAGUCUCUCUCACCUCUGGGCCCUCUUCCUGUCACCAACUGAACUGGGUGUCAAUAAUUUUAUGCUACAUUUAAAGUAAAUGUACGUAAACCCUUCACUGUCUCACCGUCAUAUUUGUGCCAUGUGUUGUAGCCAAAACAGUGGGUCCAUCAGAGCUGAAGGUGUUUUGACUGCAUCAGCUAUUUACUGUUGUCUGUGUGCCUGAAAAGCUGGUUUAUGUCAGUUGGAAAUGCCACUAUUUAAAGUGAACAUGUCCCAACUCUCCAGAAAAACCCUGCUUUUGCUGCCUUCCCUCUGAUCUCUCAGGUCUUGGGUGUGUCAUAUUAUUGUGUCACAAUGCACUGAGACUCAUUGUCUUUCUGUAAGAUGGACUUUUAAGUAUUCACCUUUGUCUUAGCAUUGCAGUAGGAUAAACAUGUAAUCUCUAGAUGAAGUGAAAUUAAAUUUUGUUUUGCAUCAAGAUGUUUUUUUUCUUAACGUUUUUUUGUCCAAGGGUUACCAGAUUAAAAAAAAACAACUUUUUAUUUUUGCCCUUUUUACAACUGUCUUGGUUGCAAAUAUGGUGCAGUCCAUCUGGUUUGCUAUAGGGGGCAGCAACGCACAGGGUUACAGUGUGAGGAGCUACCUUAGUUGGAGGCUUUGCUCAUCAUGCUUCACUCUCUGUACCUUCCUCCCCCCCUUUUUGACAAAAUGCCACAAACCUGUCAAAUGAGAGCUGAAAGCUGACUACCACUAUCACACAUAUUUCACAAUUGAUGAUAAAAUUGCUAUCACGUGUGUAAGGUGACAGGCUGUGGACUAUCACAUUAAAUUAUUUAUUGUACUAUACUCAGCUGUAAUAUAAUAAACCAAGUCAUGAUUUAGGGCACUGACACAAAUGGCAAUAAAAUGUGUUUGUUGUAAUUAUUUA